AUACACACCGAACAUUGUUCUUCACUGAAACAUUUGUUUCUGAAGCACAAACCUCACACCUCUGAACACUUUCAAGAGUACAUAUCCCCGAAAAAAUAAAUAAGAAAAGAGCCAUGGAAGAAAAUCAACAAGAAGCUUCAAUGGCACUAGUUCCCGUAGACAGCUUCUCUUACAGUUGGUUAGUUAACUUUCCUUCUUUAGAAGUUUCCAUUGAUGAUUAUCAUCAAACCUACGAAGACUCUUCUUCUUCCUCCUUCAUCGAGAUGGAUCCAAGAUUGCCUCCUUCAAGAAGAUUCUUCAUCAACAAAGCCCAUGAAAGUAGCUUUAAGUUCGAUAACUUUGUCUCUUUCUCCGACCAAGAUCACUCUUUAGUUCACGCCGACGAGCUUAUCCGCGACGGCUACGUCGUGCCUUAUAUAUCAAAAGCCACGUCAGCAGCUACCGAGGAAGAAUAUACGCCGUUGGAUACGAAAAAGGAGAAGAAGAUCGAGACGCGUGACAUUAAAAACAAGUCUCCUUAUAGAAAAUUGAGAGUGUCGAAAUGGGUUUUGUUCAAGUAUCUUGAUUUUUUGACCCCACUGUGUAAAAGAUUAAGGAGAUGUAGAUCCGCUAGAUCACCUGGAGGUAUUGGAAGCGACACGAGGAUCCGUGUAAGGACGUUGUCCAGAAGCAGAGUUUAUUCUGUUGAAACAACGUCGUCGCCAAGAAUAAGUUUUGCAGAUGAUUAUUAUUGGAGAAGGUCUUGCGAUUCAGAGAGUUCCAUUUACGAAGCCGUUCUUCAUUGCAAGAAAUCUUUCGAAAAUUGAAAGUGAAGAAUCAAUCCAUGGAAAAGGAGCAGCUAGGAGCCUAGGAGUAGAGAUGGAGAAUAUUAGUACUUUAUACAUGGAGUAGGGGAGAGAGAGAGAGAGAGCAACUUGUAAUGUGUCUUUUUGUUGUUAAUCUCUCUUGAAUUAAAUAGUUUGAUGUGAUGAUUCCAUGUGAAUGUGUCAUCAGAUGUGGAUCAAGGAUUUUUUUCUUCUCUUUUUUUUUUCUUUUUACAUGAGUGGGCACAUAUAUAGGUCAUAUAGGCAUCUAGCAGAAUCAAGAAAAUAUUUUCAGAUUUUCUUGGCUAUUUUUAUCCAUAUAUGUAAGUUAAAUAGUUUCUUUUUAUAUAUGUAA